AUGUCGACAGCACUUGCAUCGGCCCUUCAAGAAUGGAAGAUUCAGGAGAAAGACCUUCAGCACCUUCAGGAGACCCAUCGGCUUUACCUGCAGAAGUUAGAGGAGGUCUCCAAACUUCAGAAGAGCUUUGCUGCCUCCAUAGCUCGGCAAAAAAAGAAUUUAAAGGAGAAUUUAAAGACUUUGAAUAAGUUUAAUAAAGGACUGACAGAAGAAGAGAAGAAUGGGGUUAAGGAGGCUAAAGAUCACAUCCAAAAUAUGCCAAGCCAAAUCUUUCAAAUGGAAGCAUUUCUUCCAAAGAAAAACGGGAUUUAUCUCAGUCUUGUCCUCGGGAGUAUGAAUGUCAACCUUCCAAGCAAAGAGGCUAAGGCUGAAUACAAAGAUGAGUAUGAAAGGUUCAAGCUGUACGUGACUGUCACUAUGUUCCUGCUGACUUUCGCUUGUCGCUUCUUCAUCAGCUACAGAGUUGUGGAUGCCCUUCUUAACUUCAUGUUGGUUUGGUACUAUUGCACGCUGACGAUUCGUGAAAGCAUCCUCAUCAGCAAUGGAUCCAGGAUUAAAGGCUGGUGGGUUGUCCACCAUUACAUUUCCACCUUUCUGUCUGGAGUCAUGCUAACCUGGCCAGAUGGUGAAACAUACCAGUCUUUCAGGAACCAAUUUCUGGCCUAUUGUUUGUAUCAAAGCUUUGUGCAGUAUCUUCAGUACUACUAUCAGAGCGGGUGUCUCUACAGACUAAAAGCACUGGGGGAAAGACACAACUUAGAUCUGACUGUUGAGGGAUUUCAGUCGUGGAUGUGGCGGGGACUGACAUUUCUUCUUCCCUUUCUCUUCCUGGGUCAUUUCUGGCAGCUCUGGAACAGUAUUUCUCUCUUCAGAAUGACUCAGAUGCCUGAAAGUAAAGAAUGGCAGGUGUCCAUGUGUGGCUUCUGCUUUCUGGUUCUGUUUGCGGGAAACUUUUUCACUACACUUGCGGUCGUCCGUCACAAGCGCAAAAGCCAGCAAAAAAACAAGAGUCUGUGAUUUUCAAGAACUUUUGUGUAAAAAUGUCAAUGAAGUCAACAGGGAUAUUUUUACAAAAUGUGACCCUGGACCACAAAACCAGUCUUAAGUAACAAAGGUAUUUUUGUAGCUAUUUGUAGCCAAAAAUACAUUGUAUUCGUCAAAAUGAUCAAUCUUUCUUUUAUGCCAAAGAUCAUUAGGAUAUUAAGUAAAGAUCAUGUUCCAUGAAGAUAUUUUGUAAAUUUUGUACCGUAAAUAUAUCAAAACAUAACUUUUGAUUAGUAAUAUGCAUUGUUAAGAACUUAAUUUGGCGAUUUUCUCAAUAUUUAGAUUUUUUCACCCUCAGAUUCCAGAUUUUUAAAUAGUUGUAUCUCGGCCAAAUAUUAUUCUAGUCAACAAACCAUGCAUCAAUGGAAAGCUUAUUUAUUCAGCUUUCAGAUAUGACAGUUUCAAAAAAUUAACCCUUAUAACUGGUUUUGUGGUCCACGGUCACAAAUAUGCAGAUUCAGGUUAACAUGUGGCAAUCCAUCUUUAAUUUGUUUAUUAUUUUUCAAUGCAGAAUGCAUUUUUUUUUUAUAAAGAAGUACAAAGUGGGAUGUUGAACAAUCUGAAAUAAAGUUGUUUCUAUUUAA